AUGGGUGUCGGCACGCUCUCCCUCUUCUACCCCGUAUUCCUGCCCAUGAGCGCGGCGGCUGUGGCCUACGCUGGCCACCGCGCCAUGCAGGUCGACUGGUCGAUAGUGGUGCAUCAGUUCCUCACUGGCCCUGGCCGUACGAGUCGUAUCCUGCUGUUGAUCUUCAUCAUCCUUAACUGGAAGAGUUUACCGCUGGCCUGGACGGUCCGCGUUUUCCACACUUUCCUUUACCACCUCUUCCGUCGUCCCAAGUCCCUCCCGCAACGUGCCCUCUUCCACUACAGUAUCGCUUCCUCGCGCACAUCCCUGCUCGAAACAGACUAUAACAUUCACAAGUCCAACAGCACCUACUUCGCGGACCUAGACGUUGGCCGUUCCCAUCACGUCACUCAUUUGCUUGGUCCCGCGAUCCCCAUCAUUGCCAACAAUGAGAAAAACAAGCUCGUUCUCGAUAAGGAGGGUAAGGUGGUCAAAGGUAGCUUCGGCAUUGGCUUGGGCGCAGUUUUCUGCUCCUUCCGUCGCGAAAUUGCCCCGCUGCAGGGAUACGAGAUGUGGAGCCGCAUUCUGGCGUGGGAUCGCAAGUGGUUGUAUAUUAUCACGCACUUCGUGGUGAAGGGCAAGGUCAAGCCGACGAGCUGGGACGGCAAGAAGGUGGGUCCAACCAGGCCAAAAAUCGUCCGUAGCGAGGACGGGAAGGAGGUCAAGGACGAGGACUGGAGCAAGUACAUUUUUGCGACGGCCAUCUCGAAGUAUGUCUUUAAGCUGGGCAGGUUCACGGUUCACCCGGCGCUGGUGAUUGAAGCGGGCGGUUUCUUGCCGGAAAGGCCUGGUGAAGGAUGGAGGGGCGGUCCUGAGGGGGUUGGUACCCCUGAUGACCUGGGAGAGAUUGAUGAGAAUGGUGAGUGGGAUUGGAGGAGGGUCGAGUAUGAGCGCAGGAAAGGCAUGGAGUUCGCGCAGCACUUUGCUGCGUUGGAUGGCAUCAACGCGCUGUUUGAUGGUGGUGAGGAUGGUGUGGUUGGAAGCUUCCCUGGUCCGCUAGGCCUGUGA